GACCUGUCAUCUUUCUUUAGUGCGGCUAAGUCAUGGCGCGUGCCCAGUGCUACCGAUUCCGGUUGUACGGUGUCGUCUCGUUAGUGUCUCCACACGAUGUCGCGCCGCGACUCUCACCUUGCUGGAUCGCUGCUCCUUCGAUCAACCAACCACUACUUCCUCUUUCAACCAUCCCGUCCUGCAUAUUCUUACUACAUAGACCUCGUACCAGACAAAGUUUGGGCCAAAGGCAGUCUGGUGGUCGUCCUCGAGAUAACUUCGAUGGUUGCCAUCGCAUAUCGAUUCAAUUGCUGCAUCUUCUUCCAUCUUUUACAAGCAAGCAUCUGACUGGGCCAGACACGCACCGGGCGUGGAAUUCGCCGUAAAAGAACAAGCCACCUACACGCCGUCAGAGUUUCCGGGUCGCCCGGUCGAAAACAAUGGAUUCAUACAGUUCAUACCGCGACUCGGCCCGAUCCCCCAGUGACAGGGCUUGGGGUGGUCGCGAAGAAACGCGCGUAAAAGACGAGCGCGAUAGCUUUUAUCGAAGCCGUUCCCCUGGCCACGAUCGUCCCCGGCGCUCAAACCGAUCGAGGUCGCCGCCACCUGUCGAUCGUUACGAGCCUAGAACGAGGGGUAGAGACGACUAUGGCGGUGCACGCGAAAGGGACCGAGACGAUCGAAGACGCGUAACAUCUCCUCCUGCAAACAUUGACCGGUAUGUGCCGGGCCAAAGUUCUGCGGAAAGCACCAUGCCACCCCUGGCCUCAAAUCCUAUUCCCGACCCGCUCAAACUCAACUAUCAGGUUGGGUUUAGUUAUUUUGGUGAAUGGUGGAGGGCGCAAGAAAAGAUCAAGGACGAGAAGGAACGACAACGCACGGGACGGCGACGUGAGCCUGAGAGACCCCGUGGACCGGAGGACCGGGAGAAUGAGAAAGCCAAGAUCCAAGCCGCUUAUGACAAGUACAAAGAGGAGUUGCAGUCCAAGAUGGCUCAGACCUUUGUGCGCCAACAUAAAGACGAGCAAUGGUUUCGCGAGCGCUACGUCCCGGAAGUCCGCGAUCAGUUCCGUCAGCAGCUGAAUGAGUUCCGCCGAGGCGCCUACAGCCAGUGGGAGCAGGAUAUGGAAUCUGGCACAUUUGAUGAAUUUUGUCUAGAGGGUGUUUCCAAAAGCGACAACAACAGUCAGGGCGGCGUGGCGGAGAAGGAAGAGGGCGAGGCGACGGCAAACGAAUUUCUUGGCGUCGGUGACCUUGUGCCCGUCAGUGGCAGUGAGGUCCGCGAUGAGGCUCUUCACCAGCCUACACUCCUGAUCAAGACGAUUGCUCCCAGUGUGAGUCGUCAGAAUCUGGAGGCAUUCUGCAAAGAACACCUCGGGGAGGAUGAGGGUGGAUUCAAAUGGCUGUCCUUGAGCGACCCCAAUCCUAGCAAGAGGUACCAUAGGAUCGGUUGGAUAAUGCUUCAUCCUGCUGCUGAGAUUCCUCCGGCUAUCGACCGCAUGGAUCCAAGUGAGGAAGAUGGCGAGAUGGCGCUCAAGUCGCCAGUCCCUGUGUCGACCGCCGAGAAGGCGUUGGAGGCUAUCAAUGGAAAGACUGUCAAAGAUGAAUCCCGAGGGGACUUUGUGUGCCAUGUCGGUGUGCAUAACCCUCCCCACAACCCUCGUCGGAAGGCUCUGUGGGAUUUGUUCUCGGCACCAGAGCGCAUUGAGAAAGACUUGGAGCUUGUUCGGCGUCUUGUUAACAAGUUUGAAGAAGACUUUGGCUCUGACUUCAACGCCAUCCUCAGGAUUGAGGAGAAGGUGGAGGAACUCUUGAACUCGGGUCGCCUGCAGCCUGUUGUGCCAUCAUCGCCCAUCAAGGUCAGGAAGAACCGCACGCUCGGCCUCGACGAGGCUAUGGACGAUGGGGAACAUCCUGAGGAUGGUGAGCAUGAUGAUGACGACGAGGGCAUGGUAGACGACAAUGACGAUGAAGUUGAUGAUCAGAGCCUCUUGUGCAAGAAGAAGCAACUCGAUCUUCUCAUUGAGUACUUGCGCCGAGUGUUUAACUUCUGCUUUUUCUGUGUAUUCGAGAGCGACUCGGUUCAUGAACUCAUCAGGAAGUGCCCGGGCGGUCAUCUCCGCCGCCCCCGGAGCACACUCUCGGCACAAGCCAAGGCCGUCGCACGGGCUAGCGCAGCUGGAGAGCCCUUCCCCGUCAAGAAGCGGGUCGAACAGACUGAGGGAGAAGAAGGAGAGCUGCCAAGCGAAGGGGAUCGCCGCCGUCCACAAUUGACCAAGUCCGAGCAGCAGCUGCAGCGGGCUUACAAUUGGGUCAAGACCUUCGAAGACAAGAUUAUGCAAAUACUAGAGCCAGAGUCGGUUGACAUCCGCAAGGUAGGCGGGAAGCCCGUGGAAGAGGCUUUGGAUGAAGAACUAGUCAAGUAUGUCAAACAGGAGGAGCCGAACAAGUGGAGAUGCAAGGCUCCCGAAUGCACAAAGCUGUUCAAGGAGGAACAUUUCUGGAAGAAGCAUGUCGAGAAGCGCCACACCGAAUGGCUAGAGAAGCUCAAAGAAGAGAUCGAACUCAUCAACCGUUAUGUGAUGGAUCCAUCUCACAUAGCACCGUCACGAACGGAUGCAAAUUCCAACGGCCACUUCCCUCCUGUAAACGGUCAAGCUCCAUCCGGGACACCCCGGGGUUUCAACCUUCAGAACUUCGCAAUGAACAACAUACUUGCUAUGCCAGGGUUUGGCAUGCAAGGUGGCUUUCCACCAAACCUUUUUACCGCUGCAAUGCAGCAGCCUGUGGCAGGAUGGACUCACCAAGGUGGACCCGAUGAUCGCUCAGGCUCUGGCCCGAUCCGACGAGGAGGCGCGAUGGGAGGAAACCGCUUUAACAAUACACGUUCCGGGCCAUAUGAUCGUCGACCGAAUCCCCGAUGGGGUCAAGAUGGCAUGCAGGGCGGCGCGAUGGGUGGUGGGCGCGGCGGCAGAGGCUACGGCGGCGGUCGGUGGGGAGACGGUGCCGGCGGAGGAGCGGCUGUGGGUCCGCGGGAAGCUAUCCAAGGAAGGACCAUCAAGAGUUACGAGGACCUCGACAACGUAUCUGGCGGUGGCGGUGGUGAGCUGAAUUACUAAAACCGGUGUGAGUGGGUGAUGUGUCUCUUAAAGAGUGGACGUGGUGUGUCCGCCGGUUUCCUCUUUGACUUAAUCUCAAAGGUUGACGACCUCAGCUUUGUGUUGUAACAUGGCGGCUUUGCAUCUUCUGGGGUUUCUUUUAAGAUCAGAUACUUGGGAGGUUGCGGUGUCACUCUCCUUAUUUGCAACAGGCGAUGCUUUUAGCAGUCGCGUAGAAUGGUUUCUCUGUUUUUCUGUAGACUUAGUGUAUCAAGUUCUUUCCAGGCAAAAGCUAUCUCAAUACAUGAUUGUUGGCUUG